AUGUCCUUCGCAAGUCAACAAUCAAUAAGCCGAUCGUCUAGUGGUUUCAUGGAUCAACUCCCACCCGGAUACACUGUCCGAACCUGGUCUAAUAUUCGGCAACUCCGUAAGGUUGCAACGGAUAUAUUUGAGUCUCUCCAAAAGGAAGAAACCUGGAAUCAAUGGUUGGUCGUCCUCGGUCUUUCAGAACACGCCAUCGAAAGAUUGUGCAGCGAGCGAUCCCCUCUGGGUGUUUCUUUCAGGUUCCAAUGGGAAGGGCGAUCUGGAUUGAUCAAAAUCGUCCCAAGCUCCACCCACGAUACUAUUACCGAGCGGGUCGUGCGUACGAUCGAUCGGAUGAUAUACAGCAUGGGGAUAUCAAUAGGUGACGGUGAAUGGGCGGGAUCAACAACAUAUCGCCCGACAAGUGGAAAGGGAAAAGAGUCCGACAAUUGUUUUGUUCCAGUAUCUCGUUGUCUCUGUCAGAUAGCUCAAGAUGGAUGGCCAACUUUCGUCAUUGAAACCGGUCUGAGCGAAGGUCUUGAUCAGUUACGCCAGGAUGCACGAAGAUGGUUCGCUAUCUCUGAAGGAAUGGUAAGGCUAGUACUUGUCAUUGGUAUCAAGCCCAAUCGACUGGAUUUUGAAAUUUGGCAAUUGGCCCCGACUGGUGCUCUCUCGCCUCUUACUCGGCUUUACAUAGAUCAACUUUGCGCGCAAGUACCGAAUAUACCACCCACCAACCACCAGUCCCCUCUCACACAGCAAGCAUACUGCGCUCAAGAGGUCAUCAUUACACCUCACAAUAUUGAUGGGGCCCCGUUAUACAUUCCAUUUGUUACCAUUUUUGAUCGAAUGCCGGUCCCAGGAGAGGGAGAUAUUUUGCUCACUGAAACCGACUUUGAUGCUAUUGCGAGUAGAUUUUGGUAG